AUGGACUGCUUUCAAAUUAAAUUCAAUGUGCGUUUUCCUGAAAAAUUAUUACCUAGGUAUUUAGAGAAGGAUAUUUUUGCGGCAGAAUUACCACCGGAUUCAGCACAAAAUAGCCGUGUUCUACAGUUUUGGGCAGAUGUCACUUAUCGUGAAGAAGAUGACAAAAGUAGCAAAAAUA